AUGCGUGUACAAUUACAAAAUGAUCCUUCAGCAGCACGUUUUGCGAAACAGUUGUUAGACAUUGGAAAUGGAAAAAUACCAAUGGAUGCAUCAACAAAACGUUUUUCAUUCCCACCAGAUUUUUGUAAUCACAAGGAAACAAAAAAAGAUUUAAUUCAUUGUGCAUUCCCGAAUAUCACACAAAAUUACAAAGUUCAUCAGUGGAUUAGUGAACGUGCAAUAUUAGCUGCUAAAAACGUUGACGUGAAUGAAAUAAAUAUUACCAUUCAAAAUCAGUUGCCUGGUGAAACUAUAACUUAUAAUUCAAUCGAUAAUAUUAUGAAUCAAGACGAUGCUGUGAAUUAUCCUACUGAAUUCUUGAAUUCAAUCGAUUUACCAGGAAUGCUGCCACACAGUCUUAAAUUGAAAAUUGAAGUUCCUGUUAUUCUUCUUCGAAAUAUCAAUCCGCCACGCUUAUGUAAUUGA